GCGGUAGGGGGGCGGCAGUCCGAAGUCAGAAGUUUGAACGUUUGUUUGACGAUUUGUAUGGAAGCCCAGCCGACGGCACGGUGGACGCGGCCGAAACGAACGAGGUGAAAAGCCACCCAGUCUUGGUUUAAGUCUGAGUCGGGUUUGGAUAUUUUUUUGUCAGUUCCUGCGAGAGGAUCUCAAGUACCAAGACCCAAAGGCCAAGCAGAGCAACUUCCACCGUGCAGACCUUCACAUUAGCGCGGAGAACGUGGGAUGCCUGGAAGAACUCAGAGAUGUACAACUGGACAAGCGAGCAAGUGGAGGAGUGGCUACAGUUCAGUGUGGAGCUGCCCCAGUACGCCGAGACCUUCCGUAAACACGGACUGGACGGCAAGGCGUACGCUCAUCUGUACGUGUCACACGUUGACCGUGAGGAUACUGGAGAGAUCACCGUUGCCUCUGUGACCUCAUCCAUCAGGCUGGCGGUGAAGUACGCCACCCUGACCGGCUCGGUGUUAAAAAUUGUAGAGCGUGGUCAUGUGCAGAAGCUGCAGCUCAAGGCCCUCGAUACCGUGCUCUUUGGACCACCGCCAGUAGGCCGACAGAACCAUUGGAAAGACCUUGUUCUGGGCGUGUCCAUCCUGGUGGCAUUGGGCGGCUGCUGGUUUGCUUACGUCCAGACAAAGAGGUCCAGAGACGACCUGGGCAAGUUGAUGAAGGACCUGGAGGGUCUUCAGAGGGCCGAACAGAGCCAGUUGGGUCUCCAGGAGAAGCUGCAAAAGGCCCAGGAGGAUCAGCGCUGCGUUCAGGUGGAGAAAGGGAAGGUGGAGGAGGAGCUGAGGAACGAGAUUGACGCGACCAAGCGGGAAGCAUGCCGGCUUCACGAGCUCCGCGAGGGCACUGAAAAUGAAAUGAGUCGCCAGAAGUACGUCGAGCAAGAGCUGGAGCAGGUGAGGAUGGCGCUGAAAAAGGCUGAGAGGGAGCUGCAGUCACGGGCUCGCUGGUCAACGCCGGACACCCUGCAGACGUGGCUGCAGCUGACGCACGAGAUUGAAGUUCAGUACUACAACGCCAAGAAGCAGAGUGCCGAAAGGCAGCUACUGCAAGCCAGAGAGGGGGCCGAGAAGAUCAAGAAGAAGAAGAGUUCGCUUUUUGGGACCUUGCACGUGGCUCACAGCACCUCAUUAGAAGACGUAGACCACAAGAUCCUCUCUGCCAAACAGGCCCUGGCCGAUGUGACGGCCGCACUGCGAGAGAAGCUGCGGCGCUGGCAAAACAUCGAGUCGCUGACGGGUUUCUGCCUGGUUACCAACCCGGGCCUAGGGGCUCUAGCCGCCGCCCUUCAUUUGGACCCGUCCUUCCUGGGCUUGCGAGCGGCGACGCCACAGCACCUCCUCCUGUCCGACGACCUGGACGAUAUGGAUGAGGACAUGCUGUCACCCGGCACGCUGAAAUAUGCAGCCUGGCAGAUGGACCAACGAGCGAGCGACCUCUGGCCACUGAGUGGCUUUGCAGACAACCUGUUGCCAUGGAAGCUCUCCGCUCAGAGGAUGGGAGACUCGACCACGAUGUUCAGCUCUCAGAGGGACAUUAUGGAUCGCUCUGACUCUGAGUCGCCCCUUCCGCACGCUGGCGGCGAACCCCGAGGCCUGCAUGGCUCCAAGACACUCCUCUUGUCCAAUCGGAGUGCCCGGAUGAGAGAGCUAGGAGGAGGCCUAGAGAAAAGCUCAAGCCUUGGGGAGCUAAGGACCAUCCCCGCCGCCAUCCCUGCCUCCUCCCGCUCCACGCGCUCGCUUUGCAUCACGGCCGCCGCCGCCGCCGACAGCCCCGUUCUCUUCUCGGGUGUUUGCGCAGUUUGCCCGGCCAAGGAUGGGGGCGAGGCAUCGGGGGGUGGCCGUCGCAGAAAUGCCUUCGAUAAAAUCUUUAAGAAGAAGAAAUGACAUGACUGAAACCAAACUGUCUGCAAACUCUCACGCUCUACAGAGUUGGUGGCAAAGCUGGAACUUCGGCUCACUAAAACUAAACACAUGCCAUCAACACAAUUGCUUUUCUGCUUGUGUGUAGUCGGCAGCGUAAGAGAACUACUGAGUUCAAUCAGCUACAUCGGGAUUUCACACUUGUGAUGACACCUGAAGGCAGCAUGCAAAGGUACGCAUACGCACACACUUGUUAAAUCAUAAUCAGGUCGCGCGUGGAUGGCAGAGGCCGGAUGUGAAGUCAACCAAAUGACCCCAAGUGAUUCAAGGAUUCAUUAUGUCAAGAGCUUUUUCGAGAAUAGUCAUUCCUCUCUUAGCCGCUUUUUGGCGGUGUUUUAAAACUAGUGUUCGUUACCAUGCUGUGCACAGUAUUAAUAAAUAAUGGGAGCACAAGAA